AGGACAUCAGCAAUUACAUUUGCCACAGAACUCGUUGGGCACAGGCAAUGAUAAGUACAAUGAAACGAGUUAUUUGUUACAACAUCAACAACAAAUGCACAUCCAACAUGAUCAGAAAUUGAAUAUUCCAGUCAAUGAACAUAGACAGCAUCAAGGGCGACAACAAAAAUACAAGGAAGACAUUCACACCCUAUCAACUAGCAAUAAAAUGAAAAGCAUGCAUUUGAACAUGAAUAAUAAUAAUAAAAACAAUAACGUCACAAUAAUUUCUAGUGACAGCAAACAGUUUAUCAAACUUAUAAAAUCAACAUCGAAACCACGCGACCAACAAUCAGAACAGCACAACCACCACUCAUAUAGGAUAGAAUCAGACUGUAAAUCGGUUACAAGUGAUACAUCACAUAGAGAGAGUGAUGAAAGUAGUUUAUGUGAUGAAUUCAAGCCCGCAACUAUAGAGUCCAUGGAAGACGAUCAGCUAUUGCAGCCCACUAGCCGAUCUGCUUCUUCAUACCGUUGCAGUAGAGCGGCAAAUUUUAGUUAUGAACAUUAUAAACGAAAUACCAAAAAUAAUAUCGAAAGUGGAAAUAACAACGCUUUCCAUAAACACAAGUGCAUUAUUCGCCAAAAACAGCAACGGCAAAAAGAACUGGAUGUAAGCGAUGUAAUGAGUAAAACAUCUGGAAAUGCCGAUGACCAAGAAAGUAGCCUUAUCGGCAAUAAUAGUUUUCCAGGGUAUGAAUCAAUGCCAGCAGUGAAUGAAAACGCUAUGCCCUUUACUCCACGCGUACGCCCGCCCUCGAUAGGCAAUUCGUACAGUAGUAAUAAUUCUCAACAUAACAUUUUAUCUACACAUUGCUACAGCCAGCAAGUUCCACGACCAACACCCACGCUACGUUUGCCAAUAUCGUCGCCGUCUCCUUCGCUCGACGAAGACAAUAAUGGGCGAAAUUGUCGGAGCACGACAAAGGAAAUGGAUGAGUUUUCAUCUUGGACAAAUACCAUUGAUCAAGUCAGCAAUGUAACUGAUGAUAUAAAUGCAUACAUACAUUAUCAACAACGUAUUACCGGAGAAACAAGCAGAAGUCGUAAUCGAAGUAGAAGCCGAAGUCGUAGCGGCAGUCGGAGCCCAUGUCCAAGCUUAAGUAGUAAAAAUAGCAAGCAAUUUACAACAAUUAACAAUGACAAUGAUAAAAGCCUUAGUUAUAAGCUUCAUUCUUGCUCAAGUGAUGACAUUUCUCUAACCAACGUCACUCAAACGCUACGGGGACAGAAAGAAACGCUGCAACAGCAGCAGCAAAAACCGCAACUUCUUUUAGGAAAAAGCACACCUUCCCUAGUUUCGUCCCUAGUAACACUGCCCCAAUCGCUUCCGCAGCCAACGACUUUGCCAUCUGCAGCUGCGGCACCAGCUGCAGCUGCAUCGCAUGCACAAUCACCACAUCAUAAUGCAGCUGCAGCCGUGGUAGUAGCAGCAGCAGCGGUAGCCGCAGCGGCUGCCAGCGGCAGCUGCACAAGUGGUGCACCGAUAACGUCAAACUUUGGUAGUCUAUUAGAUGUGAUAAGUGGUAGUGGCGCAAGCGCAGAAAAAAUUGAUGCCGAUUUUAAUGAUGCCAUGAACGCCAUAUCCAACUCUACUGGGAACGCCGCAAAUACUGCUAGCAAAAAUAACAUAUUAAGUGCCAAGAAAUACUAUCACCCGUUAUACACACAUGGAAUAUGUCGUUGGCCUGGCUGUGAACUUGCCCUUAAUGACUUCACCGCCUUCGUAAAGUAAGUGAAUUCUACAAUAGAAACUCAAUGCAGACAAAAAGGAGCAAAUAUUUAUCGUAGCUAAAUGUUUUUAGUAAGUCACAAUAGCAAUGUAAAUUUUAUGGUAAAUUUUAUUAUUCGAACGCCCAAAAAAUACGUUCAACACUAUUGUUUGCCUUACCAUUUAAAUAGUUUUCCAAAUCAAAAUUUACGUUCAAAGAACUUCAAAUAUUUUUAAAAAUAGAAUUAUUCAACUCGACAACAGAACAUGUAUAUUUAAAAGUAUUAAGUUGAGUACCUUUCUUGAUGCUAAUAUUUAACUCUUUAUAAAAGUAUUAUCUAUUGGGAUCAUCAACACACUUAGGUCAAGGAAGGUCUGCAGCACAAUGUUCCAGUCAUAUAGCUUCUUGUUCAUCUACUAAUCAAAGAUACCCUAUUUCACCUGCACACCGUUUUAUAAGGCAAGAUCUGAGUUACCUUCAAAUUAUGUUCCAUUUUCAGUGAGUGGAAGCCAUAUGAUCUUUUCCGGUAUCCAGCGAAAUUGUGUGACUUAAAACUUAACUCGUUUGCUUCCACCUCGGUAGUUCUCUCUAUAAUAAUCUGCUCCGCUCAAAAGCCAUCGCAUGUGAGGCAUUUUUAAUAGUUCCGCGUUUUGAUUUUAGAGUUUACCAUAAUCGUGUUUACCGGGCUUUUAUUGCAUCCUGUCAAUAAAAAGCAAGAUAUAUCCAUGAUAGCGGAGAUUUUAAACUAGGUGUAUUUUUGCUUGGUGAGAUUCUGAGCUGUACAAGAAAAUUUACUUUUCUUCGGAUACAAAAACACAGCUGUAGAUAUUUCAGACACACAGCGAUGGAGGUCUUCUCAUAUCUACAAUGGAACAUUGUGAAAAUCACGUUCCCGUAAGUCAGAUAAUAUCACUUUGGUCGGAUGGAACAGCCACACAAACAUCAAAAGGAAGAACUUAUGGAUGAAUUAUAAUUACUGUAAUGAAUAUUUCCAAUCAAGUUACAAAACGGUUAAUUUGCAUCCAUUGCGCACAUAUUGUUUUUAAAAAAUAUUUUUACUAACCAGCUAACCCUAUGAAAUCAACCAUUUUAGUGUAUACAAGAAAUUAAAUUACGUCUUUUGCUAUUAAAUUUCUCAUAUAAUUGUCAUAUAAUCAAUUGAAGCUCAAUUCGUUUGGACUCAUUGGCUGAGAUCAAACGUGAUUUCAAACUAAGCUAUUUGAAAUAGGCAGUGCUAAAGCAAUUAUAACCGAAAAAUAUUUAUUAAAAAUCAAUUUCCAUAGCCGGUGUCUCUCAAUUUGGCAAGAUUUGGUAUUCGAAUGUAUAAUAUAUAUAUAUAUAUAUAGAUGAAAUUGUAAAAUAUUUGAAACUUACGAACGUGGAAACCAAUAUGUUACGUCUUCUCCUCGAUAACUUCCUAUUUUCAUUUCCUGUAUACUAGUCUCUGCAGCUUGCAUUUUGCUCCAUUGUUAUGAUGAAGAAGUCAUUCGAUGAAGCGACAUCAUCUCUAAAAGGUAGUUUUGUACCGAACGGCAGAGAAAUAUGAUUUCCAAAUCGGAUCUUCUCGCGAUAUUUUUCACAAAGCUAAGAAAUAUGAAUGAAAAAGCUGGCUGUAAACGAAGGAAGCUUGAAAUGCUAAAUUGUGUG